AUGAAUAUGCAAACAUCUGUUUCAGUCAACUCACCAUUAUCAACAAUGUCCACUACAUCUAUUCUGGAUGCAACUCCUAUACCAACCCAACCAAUACCCAAGAAAUCACAACAAAUUCGAACCGACAAACCAAGACCUCAUGUAUGUGCCAUUUGUACCAGAGCUUUUGCUAGAUUAGAACAUUUAAAACGCCAUGAAAGAGCCCACACAAAUGAAAAACCAUACCAAUGUGCCGCCUGUGGCCGUUGUUUUGCCCGUCGAGAUUUAGUAUUGAGACAUCAGCAGAAAUUACAUACAGAUUUACCUCAUGUGAUAAGACGAGGCUCUUCCAAAGAUAAUGAAAUCAACGAACAUAUUAAUGUAUUGCAUAACAACACUGAUGCUAAUGCUCCGCUUCCAAAUAACACCAACAACAGCAACAAUAACAGCCGAAAUAACAGUGUCAGCAAGUCGGAUACAGUGGAAAAACCCGUAUUUCGAACAACACUUUUUGGAGCAGCACAAUACAGUCUGCCUAACCACGAUGAAGACGCUACAUCCAUGUCAAAUUCUCCACGUCCAAGUAUAACAUUACACAGUAGUAACAAUCAUAGAAGUAGUGUUUCAUUUGGAUCAUCAAAUACUCCACCAGCUGUAACUACCGCGAACGGAAAAGUUGAACAACCAGUGCCAAAUGGCAACAGAAGGAAAAGUAAACUGCUGCGUCAACAACCCACACCAGAUUCUCCCCAAAAUAAGAAAUUCAAAGCUUCAGUAUCACCAGUGGGAAAUGGAUUGGUCAGCGCUAUUCCUACCCACAUUGGUCACAACUAUAGACACGCGUCGUAUUCUGCUGCAUCUGGUCCUUGUUAUUCUAGUUUUAAAGAGGAAUUUUUGGAUACUCCAAGUCAUGUUGAAUUCGCCACUCCACAGCUUGGUCCACACCAAGAAGACUUCACCAAGUUUUUUGAGACAAACGGAUUGUUGGAUUGGGACUCUAUUGAUCACUUGGAUUUGAAUGAAGAAGGCAAAACUGCUAUGAAACAAAAAUCCAUCAAGAAUUUACAAGAAUUUUUCAAUGAUAAAUUAAAAUCUACUCAUAUGCAGCAUUCACAAAGUGUACCAUUUGAAAUUGGUAUGGAUGUACUUCAUUCCUACAACAAUCUCAAUAGACAUUCUUCAAUUCCACAACCACCUCAAAUUGCACCCCAACAAAUCCAUAGUCAACCACCACCUCCACCUCAACAACAAGUGCAACCACCAGAAGUGCAACAACAUCAGAACAACAACCACCACCACCACCACCAAUCUCCUCCACAACACAUUUCGCCUCAUUCCAUGACAGAUUCUGUUUCAUCUACAAAGAGUAUUAAUCCACAACAAUUGAAUCAUAACGGACAGACAACCACGCCUGCUAUUGCAAAUGGCAACCACAAUACCAAUGCAAAUACAGAUAUCAAUCAAAAUGAAUGGUUUAGAGAUUUGGUUUUUCCACCAUUUGAUUUGAACUUACCAUUUAGUGCUCACGCAAGCACAGAGGAUUUGCGCGGUUUUUUUGGUUCAACCAGUUUAUUGGCAGACACUAAUGAAGCAUACCGUAAACAAUUGAACAGCAACAGCAACAGCAACAACAACAACAACAAUCAUAUUUUGCCAUAUACACAAGCUCAUAUCAACCACGCAUCCGAGUUUUCAGUUAAUUAUUCUACUAGUUUCUUUUUGGAAGAUACUUUAUUGAUUACUGCCGAACUUAGAGAGAGAAUAAUUGAAAUGAGUAACAUCGAGGAAAAAGAUUUACCACCGUUGAAUGAUUUGAAACGUUAUGUUCAGUUGUAUGAUUAUGGUUUCAACAAGUAUUUCCCAUUCAUUCACUUGCCAUCAUUGAAGAAUCCAAGAAAUCACAACCUUGAAACUAUCCCAUUGUUGUUGGCAAUUGCUGCCAUUGGUGCAUUAUAUGAUUAUAAUGAUACCGAUACAUUAGUUUUGUUUAAUUUGUCCAAGUUUCAUAUUCAAAACUUUUUUGAAAGGGAGAUCACUUUGAAUAAUUUGCAUUUCAAAAAAGUCCCAUUGAUGGCUCAUCAAUGUCUUGUGUUGCAUAUUUUCAUUUCAAUUUUCCUCAAUGAACCAAAUAUGAUGGAUACAACUUCUAGACAAAUCAAGUCAAUGAUUGGUUUAAUCAAAUCAACCAGCUUCAAUGAACCAUUAGAAAAGUUGAUUAUCCCACCACCACCAGCCAUUCCAGGGUCAGCUGGAGAUAAAACAUUAAUUCAAAAGAAUUAUGAUUAUUUCAUUAUGGCUCAAUCUAGAAUUCGUACUUUACAUGCUUUUUAUUUCUUGCAAUCAUUUAGGACUAAUUUUGGUGGAGUCCCAAUUUUGUUUAAUUACAAUUUACUUCAUAGCGGUAGUUUCUGUACCAAUGAAAAAUUGUGGUGGAGCGAUGGUGCAAGUAGCUGGUAUAAUUUACUUGGCAAGAAUUUUCCAGGCAAAUGGUCUUUGGUUGAUGUUAGCAAUGGUAUUGGUAUGGAUAAGAUUGCUUCAUAUCUUGAUGAUCCUACUAGUGCACCUAAAGCAUUGUCAUACAACAAUCUACUUGAUAUGUUGUUUGUGCUUCAUGAACAAAUAACCACUGAGGUUGCUCGUUCUCCAGAACCAUUUAGCCAUUUGAUUUGGCAAGACAAAAAGAGACACUUUAAAGCAUUGCUCAACAAUUGGGAGGUUUUAUUUCAUCAGAAUCAUGGCACUUUGAAGAUCGUUACUGGUAAUAGAUCUAACCUUACUGUGAACCAUGAAUUGAAAUUGAUUCUUCCGUUGCACUUGAUUCUUCAGAUCAAAUUGGAAGUUAGAUUAACUUAUUCAAUGACUGCAGUUUUUCAUAGAGACUGGGAUGCCAUGAAUAAAGAUUUGGAUCUGUUGACCUAUAGAGAAUCCAAGUACAGUGUCUUGACUAAUGCUUUACCAUAUUGUUGUGAUAUGUUGGAAUUAUGGAUUUACAACAUUGAAACUAUCAAUUAUGAUGUUAGAGAAACAUCAAGAAGAACACCAGCCUUUUUCUGUUGUGGAAUUUUCACCAGUUCAAUUUUGAUUGCUACAUAUUUGGGGAAUCUAGAAAGAAACUGUACUACUCGAGAUCUUAGUAAUAUGGAAUUGAAGAAAUGGUUUGAAUGUCAAAAGAUGUUGUCUAAAUUGGAAACAGUAUUGAGUGUUAGUAUUAAGUCAGCUCAUCUGGAAUCAUUAAUUAAAGAAAUCAAAUCAACAUCAUCAGUUGGUGACGAAGUUAUCAAGAAAUUAUUACAAUUGAGUCAAGAACGUGAAGUUUGCGAUGAUGAGAUAUAUGAAGGUAAGAAUGUUGAAUCUAACAAAGCCAAAUUGGUACAAAUUAACAAGCAAAUUAAUCAACUGGUUAUUGAUGCCCAUAUUUCUAUCAAUUCUAUAUAUUUGGGGAUUAGAAUAUUAGCUGAUGUUCCUGUCUGGCCAUUAGCUAUGGUUUUCGCUGAUGCUUUAAAACACAGAGGAAUGCAUGUUGGUGCUUAG